CAAGAACAGCUCUCAUGAAAAAUAUAUAGAGAGUAAAAUUAUUGAAGGAAAGCUUAUUGAAUAUAACCGUAAUGAAUUUGAUGAAUAUGAUUACAUUAGUUCUGGAGCUUAUAGUGAAGUUUAUAAAGUAAUACUAAAAAGCACUAAUAAUAUAUAUGCAUUGAAAAUUAUUAACAAAAUUACGCAUACUGAUGAGCUUGUAAAUGAACUAGAACAUAUGAUUCGUGUUGAAUCUCAUGAGAACAUUAUUAAGUUACAUGGUAUUACUAAAUUUGAAGGUGAGAUUGAUAAAAAAAUUACCAGAUAUGCACUUAUUCUUGAAUAUGCGGAUAGUGGAACUUUACGUGAUUAUUUAUGCAAAAAUGCAACUAAAAUUGAAUGGGAGUUAAAAAUUCAAUUUGCAAUCCAACUUGUUGAUGCAGUCAAAUGGUUGCAUAACUAUAAUAUUAUUCAUGGUGAUCUGGUAAAUGUGGCAAUAAUAGAGAUUCUCAAUAUCUGA